CGAAAGUAUCAACAUUGGCGUUCAGUUUCAAGUCACUUCAAUCCAAAAGUCAAAAGGUUCAAUUAAGGUUAAUUUAUUGCAAUUUGCAAUUCCAAAUUUGAUUUUUCUGUCUAUUUCACGUAAUUUCUUUCUAACAACACACCAGCCGGAAUGGGAAAUCCAAUUUGGUGCAUCUUUUGGCUAAUCGUGCUGUGGUUCUUUGGCUUCUGGGUGUCAUGCGUUUGUGCCUUCUUUUAUGCUCUUAUCUAUCCGAUAACGGUGUGCAUUCCGGCGUUAUCGGGCGUGUCUGAUAUUCUUCUGAAGGGGGCACAGUUUGCACAUUACUGUGCCCAGUGCAUGAUAAACGGACGAGCUCCUUUUUAGACCUCCAAAUUUCAAGGAAUAUUAUCAACUUCUACAAAUGGCAGCAUUAAUUAACAAUAUGUAUUAUGAGUGUAAAGUGCGUGAGUUGAUGAGCGGUACAUGUCAUAGGGUUGAUGGUUUACGCUUCCUUAGUUGCUGUUGUUUAGUUUGAUUCAUCGAACCAGUUUUGAUUAAAUAAAGAAUUGUUGCUGGCCAAUUUCAAUUAAUAGUGAUUCAACGUUCACAAUUGAUUUGUUUAGGGCCAACACAAACACAUAAAGCUAA